CCAGCUUCAGCAACGACUCAAACGUUUUGAAGUCUUACCAAAUUUGAUCAAUUUUUGAUGAUUUACUAGGAAGGAAGAAACUAAAUUUUUGCAAUUUAUUCUAGUCAGAAGCAACCAAUAAUUGGCUGUCUGCUUAACAAGAACAAAACACACUCUCUUUGAAAAGUAUACGCAGAGGACAAACAGAUACUUUUAUAAACAUAUAAUCUAAACCCAACCCAAGUAGCAGUUUGGAUAGCGAAUUAAAAAUUACAGAAAUUGUUUUAUCUGGUAAAUCCUGCACGGCACAGUUGCCUUUGAAAUCUGAAAGCAGAUUAAAAAUUACAUAAAUUGUUGUUAUCAGAAAUGGUAAAUGCUGCACGGGAUAGUUGCCUUUGAAAUCUGAAUGUGCUUGUGGGGACAGUCUGCUUUGGGUCAUCUUCAAAGCUAACACCAUAGUCAUGUAGUAUAGUUUGGUAUAGAUAUGGGAAACUAAACUUGUUUCAUUGCCUUGGUUUGACUCCCAACCUUGAAGUAAAAACAUGGUGGGUUUCGAACUAGAGGUAGCUUGAAGGUUUCAAGUUGCAGACGAGGUUGGUACGUUUUUAGUUUGCUUUAUUUUGUUUUCCAGGUUCUCUUUUGAUUUGAUAUUUGUAUUCCUUUUAUGGGUUUCUAGCAGUUGUCUGAGUUUUGGGUUCAGUUUUUCAUGUAUGUCUGGUUUUGACAGUUCCACAAUCGGGUUCUUCAAAGCUUAAGCACCUUUGGUUUCAAAGUCUACGUUUCGGGUUGGGAAAUUUAAUAUCCUAGAAUCCAGAAAUUAGUUUCGUUUUCCAAUGGAAAACAGAAAUUUUAUAUGUAACUAUGGUUUGUAUAUUUCUCAAUCCAUGACAUGCCAAAAGAAUCCUAAAUUUGCAGGUUCUUUUCUGAUAUUCCAGUCAGAGAAUUCGGUCUUAUAAGGAAGUGGCAGAAUAAUGGAGAAGGAAGAAAUAGAAGAAGCAGUAGGUGAACUGGUGUUGCCACCUUCGCCAACUUUAACUAUUGGAAUAGCCAUCAAUGGAAGUAGAAAAAGCAAGUUUAUGGUCAAAUGGGCAUUGGAUAAAUUCAUUCCUGAGGAAAACGUCAUGUUCAAGUUGUUACAUGUGCGUCCGAAGAUUACUGCGGUUCCUACACCAAUGGGAAACUUCCUACCAAUUUCACAAGUACGAGAUGAUGUAGCUGCUGCUUAUAAGAAGGAAGUGGCGUGGCAGACAAACAAAAUGCUUCUUCCUUACAAGAAAAUGUGUGCUCAAAAAAAGGUGCAACUUGAUGUUCUAAUCAUUGAAUCGGAUGAGGUGGCAAAUGCAAUAGCAGAGGAGGUUGCCAAGAGCACUAUCACUAAGCUUGUUAUAGGCACUUCAUCUCGUGGGAUGUUUACAAGGAAGCUUAAGAAAAAGAAAAUGUCCUCAAGAAUCUCAGUUGGCACUCCGAGCUUUUGUACAGUCUAUGCUGUUUCAAAAGGAAAGUUAACAUCUAUUCGACCAUCUAAUUCGGAGAUAAAUGGAAGCAUUAAGGAUGACAGUAGUGAAACAAGUUUUUCUUCCAAAAGCUCAUCAAGUUACAGUUUUAGUUCACAAACAGAAUUGGGCUCAGUGGCAUCCUGUGCUUCUUUCCGUUCUCCUUCCCUGCCAAUUCAGCAAUGUCAGGCACUUUCAAAUAUAAAUCGGACAUUUUUACAUACAAGAACAAGUUCUCGUGAUAUUAACCGGUCCAGAUUGCUUGAAUCCACCCGCUCUAGAUCUCCUGAUAUCAACCAUUCUAGAUGCCUUUCUAUUGACAUUGUGACAGAUGAUAUGAGCUCUUGUCCUAGCAGUUCAGAAACUAGACAAGCAGUCAGUCGCACUUCUAGUUGCAUAAGCUUGCCAACAGAUCGACAAUUGUGGUUAUCAGAUAAAAUUUCUACCUCAGAUGUGCUGACAGACUAUUCAUCAUCUGAAUGUCAGGUAAAUGUUAACUUUGAGCUCGAAAAACUGAGAAUUGAACUCAGACACGUUCGAGGGAUGUAUGCAAUAGCUCAAAGUGAGACAAUUGAUGCAUCUCAGAAGUUGAAUAUUCUAAGCAAACGGCAGCUAGAGGAAGCAAUGAAGCUUAAGGAGAUAAGUUUUAAGCAGGAGCGAGCUAAAGAAUUAGCUAGAGAAGAGAAGGGGAAGCAUGAAGCUGCAAGAAGAGAAGUUGAGCAUGUGAAGGAAUGUGCUGACAGAGAAGCCUCGCUGAGGCAAGAAGCAGAGAUGAAAGCCUUUCACGAUGCUAAAGAAAAAAAAGAUAAGCUCAAGAAUGCUCUCACAGGUCCCUUCCAGCAAUACCAAAUGUUCACUUGGGAAGAGAUUGUGUCUGCUACAUCGUCAUUCUCAGAAGAUCUUAGAGUUGGGAUGGGAGCAUAUGGAACUGUCUAUAAAUGCAAAUUCCAUCAUACAGCUGCUGCAGUGAAAGUUCUCCACUCAAAAGAGAAUAGUAGAACUAAGCAAUUCCAGCAGGAGCUAGAAAUCUUGAGCAAAUUUCGUCAUCCACAUUUGCUUCUCCUUCUUGGUGCAUGCCCUGAUCAUGGUUGCCUAGUUUAUGAGUACAUGGAGAAUGGUAGCUUGGAGGAGAGACUGCUCCGGAAGAGCAAUACCCCACCCAUCCCAUGGUUUGAGAGAUACAGAAUUGCUUGGGAAGUAGCCUCGGCUCUUGUUUUCCUCCACAACUCAAAGCCAGAACCAAUCAUUCAUCGUGAUCUAAAGCCAGCAAACAUAUUGCUUGAUCAUAACUUUGUGAGCAAAAUUGGUGAUGUUGGACUCUCCAUGAUGCUAACUGCUGAUCCUUCCUCUACAUCCACCGUGUACAAGGACACAGGACCUGUUGGAACACUCUGCUAUAUAGAUCCUGAGUAUCAAAGAACUGGGUUGAUAUCUCCAAAAUCCGAUGUUUAUGCUUUUGGGAUGGUAAUACUGCAGUUGCUAACUGCAAAGCCAGCAAUAGCACUGACUCAUCUGGUGGAAACAGCAAUUGAUGAUGAUAACUUAGAAGGGAUUUUAGAUUCAGAGGCCGGAAAUUGGCCAGUUGAAGAAACAAAGGAAUUAGUUAUAUUGGGACUGAGCUGUGCAGAGCUUCGUCGUAAAGACAGACCCGGUUUGAAAGAUCAAGUACUUCCUGUACUAGAGAGAAUGAAGGAAGUAGCAAAUAGGGCUCGCGUUUCAAUUUCCCAUGUGCAGUCUGCACCUCCUAACCACUUCAUUUGCCCAAUAUUGAAGGAUGUAACGGAUGAACCACGUGUUGCUGCAGAUGGUUACACUUAUGACAGAAAAGCAAUCGAGAAAUGGCUUGAAAGCAAUGAUAAAUCACCAAUGACAAACUUACCUUUGUCAAAUAAGAAUCUGCUACCAAAUUACACUCUUCUUUCUGCAAUUGCAGAGUGGAAGUCCGGAAAACAAUGAAUUUUUACUCCCCAUACGUUCUUUGGCCUAAUCACUACUAGAAAUGUCGUCUUUGGUAGUAUUGCACAAUCUACUAUUUUUUUACAAAUUCUUUCAGCUUUAUGUGCAGUUCAGGUGUAAAAGAUAGGUUUGUCAGUAUGAAGAAAUGCAAUUGUAUAAAGAAGCUAGGUACAUUGCUUAUUGAAAUGGUUCCAAACUUCCAUUAUAAGUAUUAAUGCAAGUUUUAAGCAUUAUUUCAGUGCAAUUUCCCAUCUUUUCUUUUAUAAUUGAUUCCUUUUUAAUAAAAUCCCCGGCUAUGUCGAC